AUGUUCAUAUCAGUAACUCUUUACCUGUCCCACAUCUUACUAGUUUUAACAUGCAUUAAUUUGAAUGGUGCAAGUAGUAAAAAUGAGGCAAAUAAAAAUAUAAUUUACUUAAAAAAAUUAAGUAAGAUAACAAGAAAGAAGAGCAGUUUAUGUAGUACUUGUCAGAAUUCGUUUCCUUCCAUUUUUAGUAUUGCGAGUUAUGAUAUUCACAGUAGGCAGCAGCCGGUUGAGGUGAACAAUGUGAAUAGGGCUCACAAAAGGGCAUGCAGUAGUAGUAGCAGCAGCAAUAACAAUAGCAACAGCAAUAACAAUAACAGUAACAACAGAAACAGUAACAACAGAAACAGUAACGACAGAAACACUAACGACAGAAACACUAACGACAGAAACACUAACGACAGAAACACUAACGACAGAAACAGUAACAACAGAAACAGUAACAACAGAAACAAUAAUAGUAGUGAUUCCCUCAAUAGAAAGGGAGAAAGAGGAAGCUCUGUACGUGCAGAGGAAACAUUUAAUAAAAAGGAAAUUACAAAAAAUUUAAAUGAAUCCACUUACGACUGUGAUACGGUGGACACGCAUUAUUGCGAACGUAACUUCAUCCCUAAGGAAGUUAAUAUAAAACGUACAAGUAACUCGAAUCUAUUAUUUAUAAAUUAUUUUAAUUUAAAAUAUUUGAGGAAAUGCUUUUUUAAAAAAAAAGACUUCAUAUUCAGUAAGAAUGAAAAGUAUUACAUCCAUAAGAAGCAUAGAAGUAAUAGUAGUUACUCGAAUAGUACUAAUGUAGGGAACAACUUAUUCAUAGAUAAUCAGAAGGACAGAUUAAUUACAACUUAUAGUAGCAAGAAGAACAUAGAUGGUAGCUCUGUGAGCUCUGUGUUAGAACAUGAAACAAACUCAAAUAAUAAGAAAAUAAAUUUGGAUGUAUAUUUCGAUAUGAUCAACAGUUAUAUAAAAAUUGAGGAGUACAAAAAUAAGUAUAGUAAAGAAAUAUACAGUGAAAUAAUAAAACUGUAUGUAGAGAGGGAUAUACCUGAAGAUUAUGAAAAGCUAUUUUUUUCUCAAGAUAUUAUUAAAAAGAGUGUUAUAUUUGAUAUAGACAAAUAUGAUGAACCACAAUUCGAAAAAUUGCUUCAGGAAGAAUUUAGGAAUAAUGGAGUGUUCAUAAAUAAUAUAGAUAAAAAAUAUUAUAACAAAGAAAAUAUAUUAAGAAUGAAAAAAGUAUUAAAUUAUUUACCUUUACUAAAAUUAAUUAAUAAUCCUUCUGAUUUGAAAAAGUUAAAAAGUAAAUAUUUACCUUUGCUAGCACAUGAACUAAAAAUCUUUCUUUAUUUCAUAGUAAAUAUAACAGGAGGACAUUUCUCGGCAGGCUUAAGUUUACUAGAAAUGCAGUUGUUGUUGUUAUACCUAUUUGAUCAACCGUAUGAUCAUGUAAUAUAUGAUAUAGGCCAUCAGGCCUAUGUACAUAAAAUUUUAACAGGGAGAAAACUAUUAUUUUUUUCAUUAAGAAAGAAAAAAGGUAUUUGUGGUUUUCUAAGCAUUUUUGAAAGCACUUAUGACAAGUUUGGUGCUGGUCAUAGUUCCACUUCGUUAAGCGCAAUUCAGGGUUUGUAUGAGGCCGACUGGCAAGUAAAUGGUAAAGAAGAGAGGGGAGAUGUACAGGUUGGAAAGAAGUUAAGCGCGGAUGUGGGCAGCAGUGUAAGUAGCAGUCUAGGCAGCAUUUCAGAUGAAGAAAUGAAAACCUGUGGGGCAGAAAAUGCGAAUGACCUGAACAAUUUAAUAAAAAACUUGAGCCCAGGGAGAAACAAUUCGGAGGAUUUUAUGAACAGAAUGCACAUUGCAAUAAUUGGUGAUGGAGGGUUAACAGGCGGUAUGGCACUAGAAGCUUUAAAUUACAUUUCAUUUUUAAAUUCGAAAGUUUUAAUAAUUUACAAUGACAAUGGUCAGGUUUCUCUACCUACAAAUGCAUUAAGUAUAUCAGGAAACAGACCGAUAGGUUCCUUGUCUGAUCAUUUACAUAGUUUUAUUUCUAAUAAAUAUUCAAAUAAAGAUAAUAUAGCUAGGUUAGAAAGCGGAAACAAUAUAUUUGAAAAUUUGAACUAUGAUUAUAUUGGAGUGAUAGAUGGAAAUAAUACAGAAGAAUUACUCAAAGUCUUGAUGGAUAUAAAAAAAAAUAAAAUUAAAAAAGCUACGGUAUUACAUAUCCGUACAAACAAAUCAAAUGAGUUCAUUAAUUCGAGGAGUCCAAUAAAUAUAAUGCAUUCAAUAAAGAUUAACGAAAUUUUCCCUUUUGAUUUGAAUCUGUUAAAUGAUCCAGCUUCUAACAAUAUGCAUAGUUCGUAUACUUCAGUCCCCUCAAAGCUAGAAGGAAAAAAAAUUGAUAAAAAUAAAAACUCUAAGGAAGAAGAAAAAUGUACAUAUAGUGCCGAAAACUGCAUGCAAAUGGAAAAGGGGGAAAGUAAAGAUAAAAAUAGAAACGAAUUUUCAAAUGACAUAAUAAAUUAUGAAGAAAUGUUUUCUAAAGAAACUUUUACGGAUAUAUAUACAGAAGAAAUGUUAAAAUAUUUAAAAAAAAAUGAAAAAAAGAUAAUCUUUAUAUCCCCUGCUAUGUUAGGUGGCUCAGGAUUAGUUAAAAUUAGUAAGAAUUAUGCGAAUAAUGUGUAUGAUGUAGGAAUAGCUGAACAACAUGCAGUUACAUUUGCAGCUUCCAUGGCAAUGAAUAGAAACUUGAGUGUUCAUUUAUCCAUUUACUCAACAUUUUUACAAAGAGCUUAUGAUCAAAUUAUACAUGAUUUGAAUCUACAAAAAAUACCUAUAACUGUUAUUAUAGGUAGAAGUGGUUUAAUAGGUGAAGAUGGGGCAACACACCAAGGUAUUUAUGAUUUAACUUUCCUUGGAUCAUUAAGUAAUGCCAUUAUUAUAUCACCUAGUAAUAGUAUAGACUUAAAAAAGGCUUUAAAACUUAGCUACUUGAAUAGAGAGGAUUCUCUAUACAUCCGUUUACCCAGAAUAAAUUCGUUAAGUAACAAUUACAUGAAGAAAUAUUUCCACAUAGACGUUGAAAAAGAGGAAGCAUCGCUUGACAGUCUCAACGUUAGGAGUGCUUUUUUUGGAAAAUCUAGAAUUAUUAAAUUAAGCACAGAGGAUAAUGAUAAAAAUGGCAGUACAAGAAGAACUGAGGAAAAGAAAAAAAAGAAAAUUAGUAUUUUUAAUAUGGGUAGUAUGUUAUUCAAUGUUGUUAAUGCAGUUAAAGAGAUAGAACAAGAUAAAUAUUUCUUUGAAAAUUUUUCCUUUUCAAUUAUUGAUAUGAUCUUUUUGAAUCCUUUAGAUAAAGAUAUUAUAGAUUACCUAGUAAAACAUAAUAAACACCAUUGUCUUAUUACAUAUGAAGACAAUACCAUAGGUGGGUUUUCAACACAUUUUAAUAAUUACAUAAUACAAAAGAAUUAUAUUUCUACUUAUAAUAUGGCAGUUCAUAAUAUUUAUAUACCGAAUACUCCAAUAGAACAUGCAACUUACAAAGAACAGCAGAUAGAUGCCGGAAUGGACAGGAGGAAUCUCGCUCUUAGAAUAAAGGACUACUUGAAAAGCAAUAUAUUGUAA